AUCAGUAUCAUCUGAACUUCAUAUCAGGUACAUAUCAUCACACGACAAACCCAACUCAGCGGUAAUUUCAAAACAGCCUUGAAAUGAAGUGUACAUACAUCAAGGAACUUCUGUGGUUGUUGUUUUCCAUUUAUGCAGCUGUUAAUGGAGAUUGUAACAAAGGAAUUACGUUGAUUAAGGGUCAACUUAAAGCUUUGGAAAAAUCUGUUAACAUGGUAGAUGGCAGUUCCUGUUUCAGUCCAAAACCUAAAAUGCCUGUAGCAUUCCACGCUGAAGUUAGUUCUGACAAAACGUACAAAGCUGGUUCACCCUGGGUCUUUGACAAGGUCGUCACCAACGUAGGAAAUGCAUACAAUUCUACGACAGGGAAGUUCACCACGCCAAGUAAAAGUAUCUAUCUGUUCAACUGGUACACUCUCGGUUACCCUGGUGAAAUGGCACAUGCAGGAUUAUACGUAAAUGGGAAGAUCAAAGGAAGACAGGCCACAAAUAACAUAGGUAAUGAGGGAAAGUACAUUACUUCUGGUAGCAGCAUCGUCCUGGCACUGGAGAAGGGAGAUUUAGUAUACAUUAUGGAUGCUCACGGAAUAACAUCAAAAGUGAAAGGCCGUUGGACAGCCUUUGGUGGUGUGCAACAGAACUGACAUGCAUAAAACAGUUGUUUUUCUACUUCCUUCAAUAAAGGUUUAUCUAAAUUC